UUUUGUGGUACUAAAUUUGUUUUUUUCAUCAAAUUUUUCAGUCAAUUUAUACUGCUUAUAGUAGUCCUGGCUUCCAUUUUCCUCUAUUCUUACCGGCAUUUGUUCUUGGAUUUGUGUCAGUUAUUGGAAUAUUUUUUAAUUCAAGUGUUUGUUAUAUUACCUGGAAAUAUUGGUAUUUUAUACUAUAAUUUGUCAGUAAUUCUACAAUAUUGUAAAGCAGCCUCUCACGCCUCCCAUCUUUUGCUCACUUUUCUUUUUCACCCAUUAUUAGGGGUGUAUCUUUGGAACCGGUUCUGGAACCUGUUUUGGACCUUUGCCGGUUCCAUGAUUUCAGUUCCGGAGCUGGGACUCCCGCAUCACUGGCAGUUAGCUGUUUAAUUCCUAAGCUAUGCAGCAUCUUCAGUUGACCGAACACCUCAGUCCAGUCAACUGAAGAAUGCUGGUCCCCUUCCCAGCUGUCAAAUAACCCUUUUACAUUAGUUAAGGAGAAAUAGCUAAAGCCCAGUUCAUAUAAAAAAAUUAAUUUAGGGGAAAGUAUACAACAUUCAAAUGCAAAACACCUGUUUUAAUUGCUAUCAACUCCUUCCUCGAAGUUUUUCAUCAAAGCGGACAUUUUGUCUUCCUGUAUAUCGCAGCUACUGGCAAAAAUUUUAUUCAGUCCUCUAUGGCAUUUAAACUAGAAGCACAUUCAGUUAUCAUUGCAAAUUGUGUUAGCUUUAUGUUUAUGACUUUGAGCAUUGAUAGAGUUCUUGCUGUUGCUUUUCCUGUAUUUUAUGUCCAACUCAACUUUCGUUUGUACAUUUGUUUACAUAUAAUGGCAAUCGUUAUAUUUUUUAUCUUCAAUAUAUCUACUUUAAUGAUAUCAGUUAAUGAAUACCCAGAUUGGCCAGUAACAGGGUACAUUAGUGAUCUAUUUAUUGGUGUACCAUCUCAUUUUAAUAUCGCUAUUGUUUUGCUCAUAAUUCUAAUUGUUUCAACAUUGGCUCAUAUAAUUGUUGGAAUAUUGGCAAAAUAUAAAGGAGGCAAGUAUUAGGUUGUAAGGUUGUAGGUUCCGGAUAUCCAGAGUCAUCUAAAAAGAAUCACCGAACUUAUUAGGGUGUAAGAUAUAUGUUCUAGUAUAAAAAUUUUUCACAAAAUAUACAUAAUAUGUUCAAGUCAAGAUUUGAAACAAUUUCAGAAAGCACAUAAACGGGGAUUGAGAAAAAUAAGUAAAAAAGGGAGCCUAGCAACCCCAGCGGUAUUUAUCGGUAUUCCGAUCGGUAUUAGAGUACGGAAUGCAAAAUUCCGGGCUUUAAUUAUGCAUGUGCUUUAAUUUAUAAUUAUCUAAUUAUGCUAUAAUUAUGUAUUUUAAUUAUUUGUUUUAAUUUUUUUCUUGAAAUUUAAUUUCAGAUUUGGGAAACGAACAAAUUCGUAAAUUAUUUCGAUCACUUUCAUUAAUUAUUAUUGCCAACCUUGGUGGAUAUAUAAUUUUUAUGAUUGGUAUUGUUUUUGCUACUUGUGUUUUUCCUGAGUUAUCUCCUAAUUUGUGGUUUAUAAGUGUUUAUCUUUCAAUAAUUCUAAACAUAACUGCUGCAUUAAAUGCUCCUAUUCUCUAUAUAAAUAGGUGAAUAAUUUAUUUUUUGGGGUACAGCUAAAUAAGGUUUGCAUCAUAGAUGUCAAGGAUUACCGAUACCCGAAAUCCUGAUUUUUUGCGACCUCUUCUGAAGAAAAUUUUGAAAACCCGACCCGGCUUUUUUCUAAACCCUGAGAUCCCUGGUGUAUACUUACAUUCAUACACUUAGUCACUUUACACUUAGUCUAGUAACCUUAAAGUUUUUGGUGUUGAUUCGAUUCUGGUGUUAAUUCCAUUCCAAGAAUCUUGGCAAGUGAUACUGGUAUAUAUGGCCUGUUCUUUUCCUUAUGAGGACUACCUUAAAUUAUAAAAAUAUUACUAAAAUAUCAGAAAUCCCAUUAUAUUUUCCCGAGUGCUCAUUUAAAAAAAUAGUAUGAGACAUGCUAAUUACUUGCUAUUGUUAAUUAAUUUCUUCGUAAAAUUUUAGUUCUGACUACAAAGCAGCAUACAAAAAGGAAUUCGGCAAAAUUAAAGCAAUUUUAUUGAAAUUCAAAUCUUACUUCUUUAAAAAUACUCAAAAUAUAACUAAAGUAACUCCUUAUUAAUAAAAAAAUUGGACGACUUAAGAACGACAAACUUGGAACAACUAAAGAUAAUAAAGUAGUAAAUCAUAAAUGAUGUUCAGCCUGGUACAAACUUCCAAGCGAUUGUUAUCUCUUAAAGUUUUUGAGGUUGGAAUCAAGACAUGUCCUUCUUUUAGUUGAAGUAGUGAUCGAGCAGAGAAUCUCAUUUAAGGAUUAAAAAAAUUUUUAAUACAAUUUUGUAUAGAUGGUGGGGGACAUAUCGGAAUUGACGUGAGAAAAAUAAUCUUGUGUGUGUUUACGCUGCUUCUAAAACAAACUUUUUUCUUCAAUAAGGCAAUGUACUACUCCAUA